AGAGUCUCCAAAGCUCCAACUGAGGCAAGAUAUCCAACAAAUUGUGCUAAUGGCAGUUCAAGAAUCUAAUAGAAAUGAAGCUGCCACUAAUCAUGUGGCAGUCAUAUUUGGGGUUACAGGGUUAGUUGGAAAGGAGCUUGCGAGAAGGCUAAUCUUGAAGUCCAAAUGGAAGGUUUAUGGUAUAGCUCGAAACCCUGAGAGCAUACCAAUAAGAAAUCCUAACUUCCAUUUCAUUUCAUGUGAUUUGUUAAACCCUAUAGAAACCCAAAAAAAGCUUAUUUUCUUACAAGAUGUGACCCAUAUCUUCUGGAUCACUUGGGCAAGCCAGUUUCCCUUGGAUAGCCAAGAGUGUAGCGAGAAGAACAAGGACAUGAUGUCCAAUGCUUUGAAUGCCAUUCUUCCCACAGCAAAGGCAUUAAAGCAUGUAUCACUGCAGACAGGUAUGAAGCACUAUAUCUCAUUAGAAGGCCCUUUUGACCACAAAGUUCGUUACUACAAUGAAGAAUGUCCGAGGAUAAGUAGUACAAGUCAUAAUUUUUACUAUGACCUAGAGGACUUGCUCAAGGAGAGGCUAGCUGGUAAGGUAGCUUGGUCUGUGCUCCGGCCUGGUUUGUUAAUGGGUAGUUCUACUAGGACUCUGUAUAAUUUCAUGGGUGGCUUAUGUGUUUAUGGAGCAAUUUGUAGAUAUCUACAUCUCCCUUUUGUCUUUGGAGGGACAAGAGAGUGUUGGGAAUAGACCUGCAUUGAUGGCUCAGAUGCUCGAUUAGUAGCUGAACAGCACAUUUGGGCAGCCACCAAUGAUGCAACAUCAUCCAUUGAUGGCCAAGCUUUUAACGCAAUCAAUGGCCCCAGUUUUACUUGGAAGGAGAUCUGGCCAGCUCUGUGUGUAAAGAUUGGUGUAGAAGUACCAGAAAACAUGCUUGUGGAGGAUUUUUGGUUUGAAAUAGGCAUGGCUGACAAGAAAAUAGUUUGGAAGGAGAUUGUAAUAAAAGAAGGGCUGGUUCAAACAGAGAUGGAAGAUUUGGCUAAUUGGGCCUUCUUGGACAUGUUGUUUCGAUGCCCAUUUAAAUUAUUGGGGACACGAGACAAAGCCGAUCGGCUUGGUUUUACAGUAAAGUAUAAGACAUUGAAUUCAAUCUUGUUUUGGAUUGAUUUAAUGAGAGGCGAGAAACUCAUUCCUUAGAGCUAGCUUUGACUUCAUCUUGGAUAGACUAGUUAAUGCAGGAUGUGAGCACCAUAAACUGGUUUUCACAGAAAAAUAAAAACUAGUACUGGGAGCAGCUUGUCCAUUGCAUGUGCUAGUUGACUGCCUUUCUUGUUGUCUUUUUUUAUUUUAUUUAAUGUUCAUCCACCAGAUGUUAUUGGCUAAUUAAAUAAAAGCAGAUGCCUUGUUCUCUACAUAAGUGAAGUGUUCCCCCCUUUUUUUACUGAUCUUGUCUUAAGGUGGUAGCAGCCUAAGCCUAAC